AUGUCUGUCUGUCUGUCUGUCUGUCUAUCUAUCUAUCUAUCUAUCUAUCCUUCCUUCCUUUAUUCCCUCGUUUUCCCAUUGCUUGGAUUUCUCUCUUCUUACCCUUACUAUUGUUUAGUGGAAUUUUCUCCGGCUCUUCUCAUUUUCAAAGUCGUAUUAUCUCUUUCAUGCUUUCUUCGCUUUUCUCUUCGUCAUUUAACUUCGUCUUUCUACAUUUCUCUCUUUGAUUCUCUUGUUUUAUUUACCGGUGGCAAUGUUCAAGUCUGUAUCUCAGGCUCUCCAUUUCUUAUUCUUUCUGUUUCCCAUGCAUUCACAUCUUAUCACCGUUUUCUCUCUUUAUCCAAGUUCGCACUGAUAUAUCGCUAUAUUCGCCUUUCUUGCUUUUUCGGUUUUUUUUUAAUUCGUCUUCAUAUUCUCCUUAUUUAUUCGUUCCUAAAAUUAAUUAAUCCUUUCUUUCUUUCCAGUCCCACCAUUUGUCUGCUUGCUUUUAAACCUCUUCUUUCUACUCCCACCAUUUCUUUCUUUCUUUCUUUCUUUCUUUCUUUCUUUCUUUCUUUCUUUCUUUCUUUCUUUCUUUCUUUCCCUGAUUUAUUCUUGUCCCACCUUCCUACCCUUUCAUUCAUUCAUUUUUAUCUCAAGCAUUUAAAAAAAAUCAUUCUGACAUCGAAGUGUCUUCUUCACCUUCUUUUGGCCUUUUUCAUCUUUUAUAUAUUUAAUACUUUCUCUUAUUUUUACCUCGUUCUUUCCAUUUUCUUUGACUCGCUUUUUUGCUUUUCUUUAUCUUGCUUUUCUUCUCUCUUCCUAUCAAUUCAUUUAUUUUAUUCUCAUUUGAUUCUUCUUCUUCUUCUUCUUCUUCUUCUUCUUCUUCUUCUUCUUCUUCUUCUUCUUCUUCUUCGUUCGCUGUCUCUCUUCUUUCGUCAGUGUUUCGCUUUGCUUUCUUUUCCUUUCUUAUUCUCCAUCCUGUUCUACACAACUUUUCUAUGUCAUUAA